UUCACAGUUUCGGUGUGUGUGUUCUUCCCGGCACCAAACUGGAGAGCGGACCGGCGAUGCUGCAUUUAUGCAAUGAUGUUCUGGUCAUCGCUAAAGAUCAUCCAGCGGUCAUCAUGGCGCACUGGAACCUGCUGGACCUGCGAAGAUACGGAGCGAUACACAACGGCUUCGUGUUUGAGGGAGGAACGCGCUGCGGCUACUGGGCCGGCGUCUUCUUCUUGUCUUGUGCCGAGGGCGAGCACAUCAGUUUUUUAUUCGACUGUAUUGUUCGUGGUAUUUCUCCGUCCAGAGGCCCGUUUGGACUGAAGCCACUGUUCCCAGAGCUCAGUGUCAGUGCAGCUUCAGUGCAGGACAGACUGAACCAUGAGGCUGAAGAGCUGGAACGAAGACUUAGUCUGCUGUCUCACGCCACAGCUUCCAGCUGCCGUUUUGGCUCUUCAAUAAUGGGCGAUGACCGCAGCAUAUCAGGAUCAUCUGACACCUCAGACACCAGCCAAUCAGAUUGCAGCAUCAGCAGUCCUCACGUGACCUGGCCAGAUCUGCAUCUACCUGCAGAAACACCUCAAUCUGAAGCCUCGCAGGUGGAGGAGAAACUCUCUUCCGAUCCCACUUGCUUAAGAAAACUGAAGGAAGUUGGUCGACAGAACUCGUCCGACAGUGGAAUUGCAACUGGGAGCCAUUCGUCGUCCUACACCGGAAGCUUCUCUUCCUACAGUGGUAGUUUGGACACUGCUGGUCCGGGACAGGAAUACGGCACACAGCAUGACCUGCAUCCACCCACUGUCCCAGAAAAACAACUGUGCACCUGCAACCACGAAUACCUGGUGCCGUCUUCCCUGCACUUUCUGUACGAUACUCCCCGCAGACUGCUGGAGAUCAGUGGAGAGACAUUUACCCGGAAACAAUCUGAGGGAUAUCCUGAAUCUGUCAGCCAGUCAGAUUCCGGCUCAGCUCUAAAGGCUGAAAAAGGGGAGGAGUCAAUGAACAGUGAGAGCUUAAUAAAAGGGGAGCAGUUAAAGACUGGCGAGGGGUCAGCAAAAAGGGAGGAGUCCAAGACCGGCAAGUGUUUGGUAAAAGGGGAGGAGUCAAAGGCUGGCGAGUUCUCCAUAAAAGGGGAGGAGUUAAAGAUCAUUGAGGGCUCAGAAAAAGGGGAGGAGUCAAAUAUUUGCGAGGGCUCAGUAAAAGAGGAGGAGUCACAUGGAUUCUCCUGCAAUAAAAGGUGCGGUGAAUGUAUGAUGUGUUCACUUCCUGCUGCCGGCUCUAAAACAGGCUUCACUUCCAGUCUCAUGUGCAGAAGACUCAAGGGAACAUUUCCGCCCCUUUCUGGAAGGACUUCAGGAACACCAACCAAUCACGAGCCACUAGAGAUCAAAGAGUCUUCUCUGACUAAUCAGCAUACCUCUUCUGGAAAUCCACCGACCAAUGAGAAAGCAGUUGAAGGCUACGUCUCCUGUCUGUCUGAUCUGCUGUCACACUACAGUCCAGUGGUGAAGUCUGAGUGUUGCAGUGUGUAUGAGGCCAUGAGCUCCAGACGGGCUGUCCACAGCAAACACACCGUCCUGUAUGAAAAUUGCACCCAGUGCAGGACAGGAGAGGGACACUGCAGGACCUCCAGAUCCAGAGAUGCUUCAUUCCAGGAUCAUCUAAAGAGAAACAGUAUUUCCAAUAGGCCAGAAUCCUUCUGUUCUUCAUCUGUGGAGCCUCUCAGCCGGCCGAUCUCUCUGCAGCGAAUACCUGAGGAAGAAAACAAAGAGAGAAUCUGGCCUGAGAAAGCAAGAGCAGAUCCUGACUAUGAAAUCAUGGACAGCCGAACAGAGAGAAGCGCAGAGUCAGACGAGUGGAGCAGGUAUGAUCUGCUGUCAACUGCUGCUGGAUCUCAGAGGAGUUUCCAUCCUGCGACUGAUGCAGAGGGUUCAGACAGACUGAGGGAUGCAGUGACGUAUGUGAAUAUUCCCAUUAGCCCCUCAUGCAGAAAACAGCUGAACUACAUGAUGGAUCUGGAGCUGCAGGAGUCGAGCACUGCUGCCACUUUCAGAGGGAGAAAUUGCAGUAAAUAUGCUCAGAUCGACAUCAGUGCGACGGAAGCGGCUCACAGAGCGGGUUCCCAGCAUGCACUGGGGCGAGAGGAAGGCCUGCAGAGACUGGAGCAGCACAGAAGAAGUAGAAGAAAGAAAGAGGAGUGAACACAGAGAGUGAAGAAGAAACACUGAAACACUGACCAAAGCACAUACACACCAACAUAAACAACCAAAUAUAAAUACACACAAAUACAUGAAUGCAAUCAUACACACACACACACAUAUAAACACAAACACAGACACAUUCGCACACUCUGCAUGAAUACGUCAUGUUGAGAUGAUUACAGAACUUCCAGAGAAAUUUGUGAAAUGCACAAAACAAGAAAUGCCUUGUUCUCUGUUACACGGAUUCCCUUUUAAUAUUUUAGUAUUACUCCUCAUUCUGUUUACUUGCCUCUAUUAUAUCUGCUGCUUUUCUAAACGAGAGAGCACAGAGUCAUGUGAAGAUAUCCAUUUGACAGCAAACCACUGAUUUUGGAUUCAGUUUGGAGUCAGCGCUCGUGUCUUUUGCUGCUGCUGUUUGCUGUUUUUAUAUAUUUAGAUAUAUUUAACUCUAUUUUUACUGCGGUUAUAUCCUCAUAUAUUGUGUUUGCAGUUUUACUGUCAAAUAAUAAACAUCUUAUACUGCU